AUGGCCGAAAUCGUUGCAUUGAGAUUCGAGCAUCAUCCAUCUGGCCUUGGGGUCCAAUGUUCUAUCCCUCGCAUCUCUUGGAAGCUCUCCGCCGUGGAUGAGUCGGUCAGCGACUGGACGCAGUCUCAGUAUGAGAUCGCCGUGCGCCGAAGCCCUGGUUCGCAGCCCGAGCGAUUCACCAUUAACAGCUCGGACUCAUCCUGGUUACCGUGGCCUAGCACGCCGUUGAUAUCGCGAGAACAGGCCCAGGUGCGAGUUCGUGCCUAUGGCAGCUGGACUGAUCGAACGACCAGACGGACACACUCGGGGUGGGCCACAUGGUCCUCCUGGGCGACCGUCGAAUGCAGUCUCCUAUCUUCGCAAGACUGGAUUGCAGAGCCCAUAUCCAGCCCAUCACUUCCUACGAGGCACAAAGAUGAACCUCUGAGGCCGCUCCUCUUUCGAAAACCCUUUGCCCUCCCUGUCAACUUUGGCACAGUGCACCGGGCUAGAUUGUAUAUCACCGCCUUAGGGGUGUAUCGCGCGUAUCUCAAUGGAUCUCGGAUUGGGGACCAUGAGAUGGCGCCUGGAUGGACGAGCUACCACCAUCGCUGGGCAUACCAGGUGUUCGACGUCUCCUCCUUGAUCACUACCACUGGCAAGAACGUGCUUGGCGUUGAGGUUGCCGAAGGAUGGUUUGCGGGCCGGUUGGGAUUUGACGGUGGUAAGCGGUAUAUGUAUGGCGACCAGAUCGGAGUCCUCGCUCAGCUGGAGGUAGACGGGCCCGGUGGUGAACGAUUCCACAUCGCCUCUGACCUCAGCUGGAAGUGCCAUGCGAGCCCCCUCGUGCGCAGCGAAAUCUACAAUGGCGAAGUGUAUGAUAUGCGAGACGAAGUCGGCCACUGGCAUCGCCACAACCAUGACUAUCUAGAUGCCCACUGGGAUCCAGUCUGUGUCUUGGGGUUUCCUCUGGCGCGGCUGUUCGUACCGAAUGCGCACCCGGUGCGAAGUACACAGGAGGUAGCGCCAAAACGAAUAUUCACAACACCUGCCGGCCGUAUUAUCAUCGAUUUUGGCCAGAAUCUAGUCGGUAAGCUCUGGAUCCGGUCGCUGACGCUGCCUGCAAACGCCUCAGUGACCUUCACGCACGCCGAAGUGAUGGAGAAUGAUGGAGAGCUGGGAACAAGAGCCCUUCGCGAUGCGCAAUGCGCCGACACAGUCAUCUCGUCCGGGCAGCCGCUGGUCGACUGGUCGCCAAAAUUCACCUUCCAUGGCUUCCGCUUUGUACAAGUCGACGGAUGGGACCCUCAGACAGAGUCGUCCUGGCAGGACAACAUUCGGGCGUUGGUGAUUCACACAGAUUUCGCGCAGACAGGAUGGUUUACGUGUUCUAACGCGGACAUUAAUCAAUUGCAUCAGAAUGCCUGCUGGAGCAUGCGUGGGAACUUUCUGUCCAUUCCAACGGAUUGUCCGCAGCGCGACGAACGCCUCGGGUGGACUGGAGAUAUCCAGGUUUUCAGCCCGUCGGCGACCUUCUUGUAUGACUCGGUGGGCAUGCUCUCAGACUGGAUGGAAGACGUAGCAUGUGAGCAAUCCGAUCACCGCGGUAUUCCCCCUCUGGUGGUUCCCAAUAUCUUGGACCAUGUGUGGCCGUCGAUUCCCCAGGCUGUCUGGGAUGAUGUAGUGAUCAUCGUACCCUGGGUCUUGUAUCUGUCCUCCGGCGAUCGCGACAUCUUGGAUCGACAGUAUCCCAGUAUGACUGCAUGGCUGGAUCAGGGCGUCCGCCGUGGCAAGGAUGGACUGUGGGAUCCCGAGCUCUGGCAACUGGGAGACUGGCUGGACCCUCAGGCGCCGCCUGACGAGCCUGGCGAUACCCGAACGAACGGUACGUUGGUGGCAGACGCAUACCUCGUGCAUGUUACUUCUCUCAUGGCCGACAUCAGCUCCAUCCUCGAGAAGGAGGCAGAGAGCAUUCACUACCGCCUCAAAGCCCACCAUCUCCGCCGUGUCUUUCAAGACAAGUACAUUACGGCGACUGGUCUCAUGGUCGGGGAUUCCCAGACGGCGUACGCGUUGGCGGUUGUCUUUAAGCUGUUUCGCAACCAUGACCAACUUGCUGAAGCUAGUCGCCGACUCGCCUUGCAUGUCCGCACGGCCAAGUUCCGCGUAGCGACCGGGUUUGUCGGCACGCCUGUGAUUCUACGUGCUCUCACUGACACCGAUAAUCUCUCCCUUGCCUACCGGAUGCUCCUGGAAGAUAGCUGCCCAUCAUGGCUAUACCCCAUCACCAUGGGCGCCACCACUAUCUGGGAACGCUGGGACAGUAUGCUCCCGAACGGGUCUAUCAACCCCGGCCAAAUGACCAGUUUCAACCACUACGCACUCGGAUCCGUGGUCAAUUGGCUGCAUGAGACGGUGGGCGGCAUAAGGCCGCUCGAUGCUGGGUGGAAGACCGCCCUGGUGUGUCCACAGCCGGGAGGUCCUUUAACGCAUGCCACGGUGUCGUACGAAAGUACCUACGGUCGAUGGAGCUGCCAGUGGGAAUUGGUUCGGGAUGGAGCUGGAGACGUGACGCUUAGUGUGGAUCUAACGGUUCCGCCAAACUGCAGGGCAGUCGUCAGAAUCCGAGCUACAGAGAGCGGGCCUAGCAAUCUGGAGACGGUCGUGGGAUCUGGAAAGCAUCAAUGGAGAGUUCGUUUCUUUCCCUCACCAUGGCCGCCUCAGGCGAUAGCUCCAUUCGUCACAAAUCCUGGAAAGAAUUUCAAUUCUGUAGAUAGCACGUAA